AUUUUUAGGAAAACGGUUUUAAUUGGCAGGCAGUACGGAAUGGGAUGUUUGUGUUUAAGGAAGGCCACCUCCUAUCCCUCAGUGCCCCCGGACGUUAUGCACACCCUCAAGAAAAAAACAGCACUCAGAUAAAGUAUCUAUACAUUCGCUUCAAUCAGUUUUCAGGGGGAGGAAAAGAUCCCCCCAGUCAGCUGCACAAAUACAACUUUUAUUCGGGGCUCUUGCAAUUAAACCCUUUAUUGCCCACCAUCUUGAACUCCAUGUUCGGGGAUAAGGUGACUAUAAGCUUUUUGGAUUUCGCCCUAUUUCUGAGCACCUUUCAGGCCCACUCACUUAAAACCUCUACGGAGCUUAAAAACACAAACAAGGAUAAAAAGUUGCAGUUACUCUUCAACAUGUACGAUCAUAACAAAGAUGGUCGCAUCACAAAGUAUGACUUGGUUAUAGUCGUUCACAAACUGUUCUCAAAUCUAUUGGAUCACGUGCAGAUAAUGCGCAUAGUGGAGACAAUGAUGAAGGAAAUGGAUCACUCGGACUCGAAUCAAAUACUAUUUGACGACUUUUGCAAAGCAUUGGAUGUAUUUGACAUGACCGAAAAGGUGGUCACAUGGAUACCCGAAUUCCAUGGGCGGAAUCAGCGGUGAUUUGCUAUAAACUAUUAUUUAAUGUUCCA